GUUUAUUUUCAUUGGACAAUAAAUUUGUAUAUGACAGUUCACUUGUUCAGAAUUUAUAUGAUUGAAUCAAAAAAAAAUACACAAAUCAAAAAUUUUAUUUAAACAUUAAUUUGUACAAAAAACUAAACACUAAAUUAAGAUAUUUAUUGCAAUAAUGGUGCCAACUAUAUAAUAUACAUACAAAAAAAAAAAAAAUUGUAAAUAUGAGGCAAUAUACAAGAAGUCCCCGAUAUGAUUCGGAUAACCAAAGCACAGGAGGUUUACUACCAGAACCGGCGACAAGUCGGCAAGAUUGUAUGUCAGCUGCAAUGAAGCGUUAUAAAUAUUUAAGGAGAAUAUUUAAAUUUCAACAGAUGGAUUUUGAAUUUGCAUUGUGGCAGAUGUGGUAUUUAUUUGUGUCUCCGCAAAAAGUUUAUCGAAAUUUUCAUUAUAGGAAGCAAACAAAAAAACAAUUUGCAAGAGAUGAUCCAGCAUUUCUGUUAUUAUUAAGUGCUUGUUUUUGUUUUGUUUUAGUAUCAUCGAUAGCAUUCGCCAUUGUACUUCGAUUAGGUAUCAUACAAUUAAUAAAAUUUUUAGUGUAUGUGGUAUUAGUUGACUGCAUAGGAUGCGGAAUUAUAGUAGCAACAUUAUUUUGGUUUUUUGGUAAUAAAUAUUUACGACGCGAUUGUAACGAUUUACAAGAUAUUGAAUGGGGUUACGCAUUUGAUGUACACUUAAAUGCAUUCUUUCCACAAUUUGUCAUGAUACAUAUAUGGCAAUUAUUUUUUUACAAUGGUAUCAUUAAUCAUGAAUGGUUUAUAUCCAGAUUCAUUGGCAACUCAUUUUGGCUGGUUGGAAUUUGUUAUUACGUUUACAUCACUUUUCUUGGUUAUAAUUGUUUGCCAUUUUUACACAAAACGAAUUUAAUACUAUCAUCAGUUCCAGUAUUAGUGUUAUUUUAUAUUAUUUCAAUAAUAUCUGGAUGGAAUGUCAGUCAUACCGUUAUGGAAUUUUAUCAUAAUCGUGUGAAAUGAAAUAAAUUAUUUAUAUAUUCAAUUUAUUGUUCAUGUUUUUGUACAUAGUUUUUAAACAAAUUAUAUUUAAA